AUGGAGAAGGGCUUGACUAUCUCUAACUUCGAGCCCAAUGCGGUGAUCCGUGGCUUCCAGCUUACCGUGGUAGGAACCGUCCGAGCCUUGCAAAAUCCUAACCUGUUCAAAUAUGAGCACUUCCGUCAGGCAGCUCUUGCUAUAGGCGUGGGGAUAGUCAUCCAGCUUAUCAUCCAGGUUCCGAUUGUUGCUCUGAAAUUUGGUCUAUAUGUUUUGUCGUGGGUCAUUAAUCUGGACCACGCGACGUGGGAUGACAAGCUUCUCGAUGGCUUGGAAUUUAUGUCCAAGUCUGUGCUCCAGGUGCCUUUCCUUCUGAUGACUUUGAUGGGAUAUGUGACCCCUACACUGGACGAGAUCUUCAUGCAAUCCAUCGAGUGGGUGGACACGACAUACAUACAAAAGCACAAGUCCGAGGACCCCGGCAGUCUGCGUGCCAUGUAUUUCCCCAGCUUGGUCAUGUUCCCAACUAAGGGUGGCCCUCGCUCCUCGCGGCCCAAGUCGGAGGCCAUCAUGAUGUUCCUCAACCGGUAUGCCAAACGAAUGGGGAUCCUUUUCGGGGUCUAUCUUCUUUCCCUGAUCCCUGUCCUUGGUCGAUUUGUGAUGCCAGCAGCGAGUUUUUAUACAUUCCGCAAUCAUGUCGGCACAGCUCCUGCCGCUGUCAUUUUUGGUGCGGGUCUGGUCCUGCCCAAGGCAUUUAUCGUCAAGUUUCUCCACACCUACUUCGCAUCGAGAAGCUUGAUGCGGGAACUCCUGGAGCCGUACUUCCGCCGCAUUAAAUUCACCCCCGAACAGAAACGCCGGUGGUUCCGAGACAGGGAAGGCGUUCUUUUCGGAUUCGCCUUUGCUUUUACUGUCGUUCUGAAAACCCCAUUCAUCGGUGUGCUCAUGUACGGGGUGGCGGAAGCAUCCACUGCCUAUCUCAUCACCAAGAUCACCGACCCACCACCUACCCCUGCGGAGAGUGAAGGCUUUGCAGAGAGCCAAGUAACAUGGAAGAACAAGCAUGACUUCUUACGCUUGUCGCUUGAGAACAUUGACAAACUCAAUGUUGUGACAGAUGAAGCGGGACCCAAGGGUAACUCUGCGAACUCUGGAAAUAAGUUCUCAUGA